AUGGGGUAUGCCAUAGUUAGUCUAGAUGAAGUCAUAAAAGCCAAGGCCCUGCCACCCCAGACGUCAGCCCAGAAGGCUGAACUAAUUGCAUUAAUGAGAGCUUUGCAAUUAGGGAAGGAUAGGCAGUUAAAUAUUUUUACUGACUCUAAAUACGGGUUCCACGUGCUACAUGCUCAUGCUGCCAUUUGGAAAGAAAGAGGAAUGUUAACUGCUAAAAAUUCCCCCAUAAAACGUAAAGAUUUGAUUCUGGCUCUUUUAGAAGCAGUGCAGCUUCCGACCCAGGUAGCAGUAAUCCCCUGUAGGGGCCAUCAGAGGGAUGGAUCUUUCGUUAGCCAAGGGAACAGCAAAGCUGAUCAAAUUGCAAAACAGGCAGUUCAAUUGCAGGAACCUGAACAAGUUAUGGCUCUAGUGAUUGGCCCCCCUGAACUCCCUAGCCUUCCCCAGUAUUCCCCACAGGAACUAGAUUAA